AUGCCUCUUUUUCAAAUAAACAAGAAACUUUUACCUAUAAAACUUCAUUAUUUUUUGACAAUGGCCGGCACAGCUACGAUACUUCCAUUCUUGUCGACAAUUUCGAAGCAAAGGGGCUAUUCGCCGGUCAUUGUUGGUUUAAUCUUCACAAUUCUUCCACUUCUUGGCUUAUUGGUACGACCACUUAUUGGUGCAAUCACAGAUAAAUACAAAUGCCGCAAGGCUGUUUUUGUUUUGAUUAUAGCAAUCAGGGGUCUAUUUAUAACUAUGCUGAUGUUCAUACCUGGUUCGGCCGUCAAAAUAGAAAUGGAUGACGCGGAUGUAAUCAAGUCACCAAUAUUUUGGUUAUUUUUUUGCACAGUUACCUUAUACAAAAUAGCUUGUAAUUUAUCAAUUGUUUUGGAAGACACGAUAUGCAUUGAUAUAUUAGGUGAAAACAAAACUAAAUACGGCCAUCAGAGGAUGUGGGGCGCAAUCGGUUGGGGCACAAUGUCCAUUGUAUCUGGUGUGUGUGUAGACUGGCUCAGUAAAGGACUAGAAUACAAAAACUAUACACCUGGUUUCAUUAUUGCAUUGAUCUGUAGUAUUUUAGAUACAUACUUGGUAUCAAAUAUGCCUUAUGUCCAAAAUCGGGAAAUUAAAACUGGAUCGUACGAUAUUAAAAUAGUAUUGACUAAAACAAGAGUACUAUCAUUUCUUUUAUGGGUUAUGGCAUAUGGAAUACUAUUACCAUUUAUAUGGCAUUAUUUAUUUUGGUAUAUAGAAGACAUUUCUAACAUGUACCACCCCGAAACAAAACCGUACAUAAAGACCAUACAAGGAUUGUCGUUGACCAUUCAAUGUUUCGGUGGAGAAGUUCCACUUUUUUUUCUGUCCAAUUUUAUCAUCAAACGUGUGGGUCACAUGAACGUGUUAUCUUUGGUGUUCUUUGCAUUCGCUGUCAGAUUCUUCCUGUAUUCGAUAAUUACAAAUCCCGUUUGGGUAUUACCAGUCGAAGUAUUCAAUGGCAUAACGUACGCAUUAGCGUACUCUACUGUCAUUUCGUACGCAGCAGAACUAGCUCCCGUCGGUGCUGAGGGAACUCUUCAAGGGAUCGUUGGAACAACUUUGGAGGAAAUAGGUGCUCCCAUCGGUAGCUUCAUUGGUGGUCAUCUGUUUAAUCAUUUCGGAAGUAUUACUUCGUACAAAUUUAUAAGUGGUUUUGCUUUGGCAUUAUGUAUUUUUCAAAUGAUGGUUCAGCAAUUGAUAAAUCGUUUUUCUAAAAAUGACACUGUCAAAGAAGAAGUGUCUUGUUCUAGUUAUUUUACCGCUGAUCCUAAAUUGAGUGUUAAUGAUAAUCUUAUAUAA